GUUAUACGAUAAACAAGAAUUUGCAUAUGGCAAGCGCUUUGCAUUAAUUACGCCAAACAAUACACGAUGGAAUUCACAUUAUCAUUGUUUCUCUAGUAUUCUGAGGACAAAAUUGGCAUUAAAAAAUCUUGCGCACAAAAUUGAAGAAUCAGAAAGUGACAACUUCCCCGCCAAUAUAUUGACAAAUCUUAUUUUGCUAACAUGGUGGAAAGAAAUCAAACAACUUGAAACACUUCUUUUGCCUUAUUGUGCUGCAUUAAACAGAUUACAACAUAAUAAUGCAAAGCUUCACGAAAUUUUAUACUGUUUUGGUUGGAUGUCAAAGCUUUUAAAGAAUUUACCUAAUCGGGAACUUACCUCCGCAUUGUUAAAAAACUUGGAAAAGAGAUGGGCUACCUGGGAACAGCCUCUGUUUUGGAAGUACGCCAGAAGCUUUACUAAAGAAUUAUAUAAGGUAGCACAGUAUGUUUUUUCUAUUACAGUUAAUACCACAUCCAUCGAAUGGAUAUUUUCAAUUAUGGGAUGGCUCCAUAGUCCAAGAAGGAAUCGAUUAAAGUAUAAAAAGAUAAUCGCAAUGACAAGUUUACAUUGCGAAAUGACUCAAGCCCAGAGAACCAGAGAAAUCCAAGAUUCGAACACAAAACCUAGUUCUAAGUCGAACAACCUAAAUAAAGAUCAUAGGAUAAGUGAAGAUUGUAAAAGCGGGAGUCAUGAGGGAUUUAGAAAUUGGGAACAACCUGAGAAUCGUGAGAUAGAAAGCUUUAGUGAACACGAAACUUACUGUAAUGUUUCAUCCGAUGAAGAUACAGAGACGGACAUCGAAGAUGAUGAAAUGGAUGCUCAGGUUAAUUCGAUAGAUGUGUGGCGAACUUUGGUGGACCAGUGGCUGUCUUUGAUUAAUGAUAAGGACGAGGCAAAUGAUGAUUCUAGAUUACCGGUGCACCCCGCGGUUGACCAAGCUUCGAAAUGGCAUCUUUCUGAGAUUUUUACGGAUUAA